AUUCGAGGGGCCGGAAAAAAAACGACAAGGUCGCCUGAUUUACUAUAUAGCGUGCGCUUUAACCAGUAUAACAAUCCUAUUCAUAGAUCGUCUCCCUGAGAAAACUAAGCUUAGCCCUGGAAGGGUCGUCAAAUUUACAUUCCGUUCCUUUCCUCCCAUCUCCCUGCAUAUAGAUCAUACAGUAGUUUGUCUCGGUUAAUUUUUUAGUCGACAGUAUAGAGAAACCAAACGUUAUGGCGACUGAGGGGAAACGUACAGACGAGAAACUCGCAGAACUGCAAGAAAGGUACGGUUUUGUGAGACCAGAGCGAGGUAUCGACUCUUACCCAGUGGGGGCGACGUGGCGGGAGGGUAAGCCUGACUAUCGGAGAGCAGAUCUGGUCUUUUUCCAAGGCAAGACCAAGAACCAUCCGGUUGGGUCUUUGGCGCAAAUCGUCGAGAAUCUCGUGAAGAAAUGGGAAAUGGAGAUGACACAUCUCACUGAGAAGAAAGAUUGGAUGACGAUUAACCCGAGAGAAUAUACAGUCAGUGUCAACGGAGGAAAGGAGAGGAAUGGUUUCGAGGAGGCUGUGAAAGGAACGUACAAUUGGUUGUUUGCGGAUGUCUCCAAAGAUCUCUACAACGCUUCCACGCACACAUUCGAGACAUCCCACAAGGUCUUCCGAGGAGCCUUCGAGGACGGGUUCCCCUGGGAGGUUCUAGAGGUGUUCUCUGGUCCACCCAAGGUGGCCUUCACCUGGCGUCACUGGGGCACCUUUACCGGCACCUACGAGGAGCAAAAGGGCUCUGGAGAAGUCAUCGAAAUGUAUGGUUUCUUGAUUGCUACUGUGAACGACGAGCUGAAGAUUCAGAAGCUGGAGGUCUUCGUCAAGACAGACGGAUUCCUAGAGGCUCUUCAGGGAAAACUCGAUCCAAAGGAACUGGCAAGGGGUAAAGAUUUCAUUGGAUCCGGUUGUCCUUUCAUGCAGUCUCAAAAUAAUGAUGGUUAGAUAACUUAGAUGCAUAUAAAGGGUUAUGACUAUUAUUUAGUAAUAAUGUAAUGACGCGAACUUGGUCUGGUCACUUAACCUAAUACCGGGAACCCCGUAAAUAGCCGUAUGUCUUCUGAAUUGAAAUGAUAUCAGAAACAUUGUUAAGCAAAAAAAACGGCCUUAUAUCUUCAGAAUUAAAAAAUCACCUACAGGUUGUUGUUUACCCAGCGUAACAAGCGUACAAAAGCGCGUAUUUCCGCUUCACAGGCGUGUUGAUGCGCGCACAAAGCAAUUUAUUUUUGUUGAACACAAAUAAUUCGCGUUAUACAAUUUCUAAUGAGAGCGUGAAUGCGAUCGAAAUAUCCCGCCCGCCCCCCCCCCCCAACUCAGUGUUAUUUAGGG